GAAUACAUAAAAAGGAGUAUCAAGAGGCCAUCACGUGGAUGCAGGAAAAGAAAAAUUUACAAAUUAGCGAACUUCGCUAUAAACGCCAAUCCGAAUUUAAAGAGUCUCAAAUACAGCAUUUCUUAGAAAGGAUAAAGAUUCAAGAUGAACAAAUUGCAAAACUGGAUGAAGAUGUGCUACUUUUGCACAAAUCCGUUGAUACUAAUACAGUGUCUAAAGAAGCUCUGACAGAGCCAGAAACGAAAUCUGCUUAUCAGACAUACUCAAAAAUAAACAGUAGAUCUGUUGAGACACAAACAGAUCUAGAAGUGAUUCCGGUUAAGGAUAACAAACAAGAGCUGGUUAACAUUAAGUGUGAUUUGCUGAGAGCGCAGGAGGUUUUGAAAGAGAAAGAACACGUGGCACUUAGCGUUAUGAUUUCACCAUCAUUUGGAACAGACUUUGAUGGAUCUUCAGCUUCUUUGACCAAUUUAACUUCAGUACCACCCUGCACGUCAUCUCCUGAGACGUUGUCUUCAACUUCAAUUCCACAUUCUGAUAACGAAAUUCCUUCACUUUCAUUAAGAAAUUCUUCAAUUUGGGUAUGA